AGUCACUCAGUGCUGUGAGGAGCUUCUUUUGUGCUGUUGCACCAAAACAGUUUCUUUGCGGUGGAUUUAAAGUAUUUCUCCAAGUAUCAUGGAUACUCGAGGAGUUUUUUUGAUGUUUUGCCUUCUCCUGCUGGCACGCCGCACGUUACAGCAGACCUCCUCACCGAAAAGAAAUGGCAAGAAAGACUCUGCAAACAGUGCUGCGAUUGAGGAGCUGAAGAAACAGAUUACUGACAUUUUUCAAGAGCUGAAUGUGCUGAAAGAGCAGCAAGCUUUACACACAGUUUGUCUGCGAGGCACUAAGAUCCUCGGCAAGUGUUUCCUGGCUGACCCAGUGAAGAAGACCUUCCACGCCGCCAGUGAUGACUGCAUCGCCAAGGGAGGCAGUCUGAGCACUCCUCUGACAGGAGAUGAGAACGACCAGCUCUACAGCUACGUACGUCAGAGCAUCAGCCCCGAGGAGCACAUCUGGCUGGGCAUCAAUGACAUGGUGACCGAAGGCCAGUGGGUGGACCAAUCAGGCUCCAGCGUGCGCUUCAAGAACUGGGAGACAGAGAUCACCCUGCAGCCAGACGGAGGGCGCAGCCAGAACUGUGGCAUCCUCUCCACCACAGCCAACGGGAAGUGGUUUGAUGAGAGCUGCCGAGCUCAAAAGGCUUCUGUGUGUGAGUUCAAUAUCGUCUGAGAGCUGCUGUCUGACAUUAACAUCAAUCUGGGCAGAAAAACAUGCAUGUAAACAUCAAAUGCUGCUUGCAGAAAAGAAUGAAUCAUGUAGAGUAUCAGAUAUGCAACGCAUUGAAACAUAGGUACAUCAUUUUUUGUUAAGCACACUUUUCUUGACCAAGCCAUUCAGAUGUGCACUGACCUCAAACAGUGGUCUGGGAUACAGUAUGUCAUUGUAUAAGCUACACAUUUUGCAUACAUUCAAUAAACUUGUGUUCUCAAACACUUCAGCAUUUUAGUUAUUCAUCAAGGUAAACACCACUGGAUGGCUUGUAUUUGUUACAUGUAUUUUAUGUCAUCUGCUAAUCAAUGCAAGAACACGUUUUUACUGAAGAGCAAUCAUCAUGAGUGCCUUUAAUGAGGCACUUUCUUUAUUCUGAAGUUAUGCUGCUUAUAUUACGUUAUAAAAUGUUAAUCAACACGUGUCCUCUCUGUUGUAGCCUUCUCAUUGUCUUCUUGCUCACAAAUUCAGUAGAUAUAAAAGGGAAUAUUUGCUUAUCAGAAGGAAGACAUGCUUGCUUAAAAAAUGUUUAUGUACCAACAUGAAAAAGGAAGGUUUCAACCAAAAGUAAUAAUAACAAAACAAACUCUUGGUUUUAGGUUGCGGUCUUUUUUCCAACAGGGCCAAAUGGGUUAAAAGGGUCACACCCAGCCAAAGUUUUCCUUUCAAAAUAAGACUCAAAAACACUGGACAAAAGAAAUGGUGAACUUCAACAAGACGGCCAGGACUAAGAUAACGAGUACAAUGAGGAUGACAUUGUCACCACUUUCAAUAAUCUAUGUUCAAAGUCAGAAAGAUAUAUAUUAUAAGCAGAGAGGAGGAUGUGCAGGUGGAAAAGUGUGCAGGGAUUAUUUUCAAUGGAAAAUGUCAACGUUCCCUCCCAUAAAAACCAUGAAACCUUUUCAAAUUUCCAAAGGUUUCUUAAUGUGUCUCCACCCCUACCUACAAUUUUUUCCAUCAUGCAAACCUAGUUUCUGUAUUGGCACUCUUACUUGUUUACUCACCCAAAGAAGGGUUACAUCAGAUCAACAUGUGUGGAUGUCUCCAUUGGACGUCCACUGAUGUCGGCAGCAGCAUGUUAGUAGAGAGAAUGUCCCUUUAGUCAAUCAGACUGUAAAGUGUUUAUGGUUAUAUUUUACAUGGCUUUUAACCAAAAUAACUUCAUAUUCAGAGAGUUUUUGCAUUGUUUUACAGCGGACACUUUAUUUCCUCUGAAGUGAGAACAAAUUUAUGGCAACUCUAAAAUGUGUUUCCCUCCUGCUGUUCACUUUCUGGACUGCAGGAGGCUUUACAUACAACACAAUUUAUUCUAUCUUUUUCACCAGUUUCACUGUAAAACUGGAAUCAUAUUUUAAUAUUCAAGUUAAUAUUCUGGCAUGUUCAUGUAGGUCAGCCUAAUGUCAAA